AUGGCUCCCAUCUCCAAAGAGGCGAGGGUCCAGCCAUCCAAAGCCUCGGGUGGUAUCCCCAACCCUACCAGCGAAUACCUCGAAAAGACCUACACCAAGCCAAACCAAGGACCCACUCCCUCCCUCCUCGCCCGCCAUCUACUCGUCGUAAUUGAUCUAAAUGGCACCCUUCUCUACCGUCCCAACCGCAAAAACCCUACCAAAUUUACCGCCCGUCCUCACGCCGAAAAGUUCCUACAAUACUGCGUCGACACCUUUUCCGUGAUCAUCUGGUCAUCCGCCAAAUCACAAAAUGUGAUACCCAUGUGCCAAACCAUUCUUACCCCAAAGCUCCGACAAAAAGUGAUCGCCAUCUGGGGACGCGAAACAUUCGGUCUCACUGGUCAGGACUACAAUAUGCGCGUGCAAUGUUACAAGCGACUCACCAAGCUCUGGGGCGAUCCUAAAAUCGCAGCUUCGCAUCCAGAUACUCAGAAUGGUGGCAGAUGGGAUCAGACAAAUACAGUAUUGAUUGAUGAUUCCAGCGAGAAAGCCCGCAGCGAGCCCUAUAACUUGAUCGAAAUACCAGAGUUCUUUGGUGAUGACAAGGAAGUCGGUGAUGUCCUACCACAGGUCCAUGAUUAUCUGAACUUCCUUAGCAUGCAUGAAAACGUCAGUGCUACGAUUCGUCAUUCGCCGUUUGUGCCACUGCCCAAGGCCAAUCCUCAUGAGGCUACAGGUUUGAAUUUGCCCAUUCAUCCACCAAGAGUUCCAGGUCCUGCUAGAGUUCCAUCUCCAGUCGUUGAACCCGUGUACAAACCUUCACAUUCAGGUGAUACAAUACCCUCAAAGUAUCAACCGAUGCUCGGAAAUUCGGAUAAGUGGUGA